AUCGAAACCAGGCACAUCCCUAGUUUGGGUGUGUAUCCACUUUUAAUUCGUCAACUUUUAUUCGAUUUUGACCCGUAGCGUUCGAGAUUUAAAAAAAGCAUAUAGAUCGGAGCUGCCAGCCAUUAAGAUCCAUCCAAACCAGUAUACCCAGAUAAGAUAAGCCCAAGCCCAAGCCAUAAGGCGAAGCCACACAAGCACAAGCACACACCCACCAUCCUGUAAUUGCAUUUCCCAGUAUCCGUAACACUGAGAACCUUUUCAACCAUAGGCCUUUCCGAGACAGCCAUCAUGGACGUAAUGUCAUCAUCCCUGCAGCAGCAGCGCGUCGUCGUGGAGCAGCUGCGUCGUGAGGCGGCCAUUGAUCGCCAAACCAUCUCGGAGUCGUGCGCCAAGAUGAUGAAGUACAUCACCGAGCACGAGCAAGAGGACUACCUUCUGACCGGGUUCACCAGCCAGAAGGUGAAUCCGUUCCGCGAGAAGUCGUCUUGCACCGUCCUCUAAGGAGGAUGUCCCCAUGAGUGUGGGGAAGUGGUCCGUUGGUGCCAAGGAGUCAAGGAGGAUCGCCGGCGGACGUUUAGUUUAUUUUUAGUUUAGCAAGAUGGAUUAAGAUGCGAAUGUGUGUGGAGUACUUUACCAGUACCAGUCAACGCCACUUGGAACAAUAUAUAUCUUUGUGUAAAAGCCACAAUAACUACGAUUGUCAUAAGCAAUAUAGUUACAAGAAGUUUGAAUUCCAAUUGCAAGGAAUAUAUAUUUAAAUAUUAUAUACACCGAUAUAUCAAUGUGUACCACUCUCGUUAACAAUUAAUGUCCCAAAAUAGAAGCCCAAAUUCAAAAUGAAAUCCAAAUCGAAGCAUUUGUUCCAAAGAUAUCAAGUUGUUUCCUUCCCGUUAGUAACGCAGUCAAUGUACGCGAAUAUCCCAACUAUAACGACAAUUUAUGCGCUGACUAAAGCAUCUACUACUCUACCUAAAUCGUUAAACACACCUAUAUCUAUAUACAACAACUAUCAAGAACGUAAUCCGACAUACAAAUUUAUCAAUAAACGUAAACUCAACCGAAACAGAAAUACA